AUGUCAUCUACCACCCACCAUAAUUUCAAAGUCAGCGCAGCAGACUGGAACAAAACUUCUUCCAACUAUGCUGCAAACAUCUCCAAAGCACCUAUGUCAAUCCCAAUCUUUCACCUCAUCUCACUCCUCGACACCCACCUGCCCUUCUCCUCAGCGACAACAAUCCUUGAUGUUGGUUGUGGACCAGGCAACGGCACUGCAGCUAUCAUCUCUACUUUCCACGAUACGCUGCCACCUGGGAGUCAAAUCCUGUCUACCGAUUUCAGUGAAGGGAUGGUCGAUAUCGUCGCUCGCACUCGCCGUGCAAAACUCGAGGAAUUGUCAGAGGAAAGCAAGGAAAGGGAGAUCUGGGAAAAGGUGCAGCCGUUGGUGAUGGAUGCAACGGAUCUGAGUCCUUUGCCGGAUGCUUCGGUCUCUCACAUCAUAGCCAACUUUGUCUUCUUCAUGACUGAGUCGCCAGAGAAGGCUUUGACAGAAGCAUUGAGGGUGCUCCAACCUCAAGGCAUAUGCGCUUGUUCGUCAUGGGCGAGGUGUCAAUGGAUGGAGUUGCUUGAUCUCGCCGCUCAACGUAGCUUCCCUGGUUUCGGAAAACCAGUGCAUGAGAUGCCUGUUAUAGCUCCUCAGUGGACCAACGCAGAGGGAAUCGCGACGUUGUUGGACAAUGCAGGGUUUAGAGAUGUGCAGACUGAGUAUGUGGAAGCCCCUAUCGUGGCGCAAGAUCCGGAGGGAUUUGCGAAGUUCUUUUUGGGAAGUGGGAACCCAGCUGUCACAUGGAUUACGGACGUGCUGAGCGAGGAAGAGAUUAGGGAAGUGGAAAAGGCGUUUGAAGAGAUGAUCAGGGAAGUCUGCGAGAGGAAUGAGGAGGGCGGUUAUGUGCUUGCUGGUACCGCUGUUUUGGCUGCUGGAAAAGUCCUCCACUAA